AUGGUAUACACCUCGUUAACUGAGGCUCCCCGCAACCUGAAAGAGGGCAUUGACUGGUUGAUAGCCCUGAAGGGAACUUCUAAAUUUAACAUGCAGGUUUUAGGUCACGCCAUUUACAAUUUUCUCGUAGACAAGCCUGUUGGGACGUUGCUAAUACCAUCGCUCGAGAAUGUUAAACGUCUUUCCAAAGAGUUCCUGGAGCAAAAUGAACUUAAGGACCUGCCGUACGUAGAAGACCUGUUGAGUAAAUUCCAGAAGUCUAUGCAUAUAAAGUCCAGCGGAGCCGCUACGCCCUCCGGCCUUGCGCCCAAAAGCGAUUAUGAGAACAUCGUACAGGCCAAGGGCAUCAAACCUGAGGAGAUCGCAAAGAAUGUAGGCACGGUUGUGGAUGCUUGUGAGAAGUUCUUGGAUGAUAUCAAAAACCCUUACCUCUAUAAGUCUUCUUACUCUCCAGAAGCGACGUGGGAUGCAUCAUGCGCGAAAAACCCGGAAACUUGCGCAGUUAUCCUCGUCGGCAUUGCGCCAAUGUUAUACGUAGGCCUCCAUUCGUUGUCGGAUGCGAACAGUCCUGCAUUAUUGGGAAGGAGAUUGCCUAAUUCGAGGAAUCGUUUGGGAGUGCUAUUGACGGCUGCGGGUUACAAACGGCCACAUUGCCGUGCUGGAAUGAAGGUUUCAGAUGUCCGAGAGGCGUUGCAAAGUGUGAGUUCUAAAAUGUUGGUCACACUAUACGACCUCGCCGGAUUUUGGGCCUUCUAUUGA